GUGUGCUUGUUACUAGUGCUCUGCCACACCACCAUUUCUGCUCCGAAGAGUCGAGCAGAUAACAUUCCUCCUUGCCAGCGCCGCUUUGCGCGAUUAUCACGUGCUUCCGGCCUCUCGCGAUGUCGGCUGCGCGGCUCACCCCGAAGCAAGCGCGCACGCUCAUGGCGGCGUGCAUGGCGGCGCCGGUGGUAGUCUUCGCGGUGCGGCUCGCUCUCACAGACGACGUGCGCGAUCCGCUGCGCAUGUACCGCCAAUUAGAAUCCGCCUCCGCUGGCGCUGACGCGGGCACUUCGACUGCUAGCGCUGCGCACAGUCUAGAAGGAGGAGCGGGCGGAAGCGGAGGGGCAGGAAGAGGGUAGAAGGGGGGAUUUGCCGUAAGGGCUCACCCAACGAUCACGGUGGUGGGUUGGCAACGAGCUUCGCUCGGCGCACGGCUCAAGGUAUCCGCCCGCAGCCCCGUUGCAGCCCAUCCGCAGCAAAUCUGCAGCCAACCUGCAGCCGCUAGAUAGAGUCGAACAGUGGGCCAUGGACGGCAGAUGCUGGUUGAUAAGAGGAACCGUUUGUAGGAGGUAAGAGGAGCUAUUGAAGGGGGGAUUUAUGUGGACACAACGUCUUGGGUGAUGGGAAAAGGUGGACUAUGCAAGCAGGGUGCGUGCGAGAAUGGGCGAUCACCUUUCUGCUGAGCUAGGGAAGCAGCCGCUAAAGAGAAAGUCGUGAUGGCAGGAGAGGAGACGAUCUAGAGACAUCUCUGGAGAAGCUGCCUGAUUAGCAGGUGCUGAUGAAGCAGAAGCUUGUUGCUUAGCCUGGAUCACAGUUGUGCUGCUGUCUUGGAUAAUCCAUGGAAUCUGUGGCCACUGUUAGGGGUUUCAGUAGUUUAGCUCCCUGAACAACCAGUACUAAUUGGUACGAUUCAUUUUCGCCUUUUUUUCUGUUACCCAAUUGAGAGCAU